AUGUCAUCUCCCUUGAGUGUUGAUGGAGCCCGUGUCCAUGGACAAGAGGUUCGGAACGCUAACGUCACAGCUGUUGUGGCCGUUGCCAAUAUUUUGAAGUCAUCUUUGGGUCCUCAAGGUUUGGAUAAGAUGUUAGUCGAUGACAUUGGUGAUGUCACUGUCACCAACGAUGGUGCUACUAUUAUGAGGAAGCUUGAAGUGCAGCAUCCCGCGGCUAAGGUCCUCCAACAGCUCUCAAACCUACAGGACCAAGAGGUCGGUGAUGGUACGACAUCUGUUGUACUUGUUGCUGCUGAACUUUUAAAGAAGGCUAAUGAGCUCAUCAAAGGAGGCAUUCAUGCUACCAACGUCAUACAGGGCUAUCGCGCUGCUAUGAAGGAAUGUGUUAAGUACGUACCACAUGCGUUGGGUGUUAAGACCAAGACACUCGAUGAGCAAGUCCUCGUGAAUAUCGCUAAGACUAGUCUCAGCUCAAAAUUCAUUGGUAAUAUUAUUACUCCUUCCAAGCGUACUGAUGCCGAGUUCGCUAAGUUGGUGGUUGAGGCCAUCAAGUCGGUGAGAGUAUCAGCUUUGAUGGCAAGGAUAAGUACCCAGUUGGUCAAGUGA